CUCCAACAGACAGUAAACCAAAACAAGCAGAAGAAGAAGAAGAUAGCUUGUGGCUAGCUGUAGCUGAGAGCCUCAGAGUAACUUACUCUCCUAACAGACUCUCUUGAUGUCUGUGAGAAGAGCUCUGGUGGAUUGUGUUGUGUUGUCUGUGCAAGAUGCCUGUGUGUUUUAUCCGUGCUGUAAAGGCUGCUUCUCACGGAUCCAUGUUGAACAGCAGGACACGACGAGAUGCAGAUGCUCCAAGUGUGGUUACAGCUGUCUGAGGGACCAGGUUGAGUACAGAUAUCGUCUGUCACUGAGGGUGGCCCGGGACAGAUGCAUAUUUGGAGUAACAGUAUUUGGAGCCUGCUUGAACCCAUUCUUUGGCAUUCAUGCAAAUGGUUUACAGAGGUUGGUGGAGAACUUGGAUGGAGCAUCAAACAGAUCCACAUUGUUGGGGAAGGCUGUCGAGGACUGUUUCAUUGGCAGACAUUUCAUCUUUGGUAUAAAGGUAACCGAAACAGAAAGUGGGCCUUGGUUAGGAGGGCCUGUCGCGAAUGGCUCCAGCAGUAAAGAAGCAGUCCACUUUAUUGCCAGUCAGAUGAUUCUCCCCAAAGCUACGGGCCUGGGAGGCUGCACAGUGGUCAGUUAUUAUCGGAUCCUUCUUCAGAAAGCUGCAGAAUAUGAGCUGGGAUCCACUGAUUGCAGCAAAACCUUCAGACCCCCAGCAACAACCCUGCUGCUGAUUCCUCGCCACUUUCCAGCCAGCAGCUUCAAUAAUGCCACACUUUCUGUCUCAGGUCUUCUUUCCCAGUCACUGCAAAGUUCACAAGACAGCACCAUUACUCCCACCCCACCAUGGCAACAGUCACUAGGACUAGUUACAUCAUCAGCAGAACAGGAGGAAGGCCGAAGUACCCAGGACAGUGGAGAUGAGAACAGCAGACAGACAGACGACAACAAAACUCCACCACAUGCACAGAGAGGCUACCUGGAGAAGCAUAAAGUCACAGAGGAGAGAGCGCUGUCACCUCUUCUUUCCUUAGAGUGCAGUACUUCCAGUAGUCCAUCAUUUGCCAAAUACCCACGCUCAUCUAUUGGGAAAGCUCUUGGAAACAAGCCCACCUUAAACACUUGGUUCAGUCCCCCCCCAGCUGGCCACAACAGCUCCAAGGCAAAGGGGUUUUCUAACACAACAUUUUUGUCCAGCUCCUUGGCUUGGGAAGAUUUGCCUUUCUCUGAGAGUCUUACAGAGUUUUUGUGUGAGGAAAACAAUGAUUUUGAUGUUGUUGGUGAAACAGAGCCACUGCAAAAUCUGAAAGAAACAGCAAGAAACAACCUGGAAAUCAGUUCACAAGACAAGAACGUAUCACAUAAAUCAACUUCUGUUUGUCAAAGUAACAGGCAGAUAACAGACCGUCACUCACAGAUAUUACUGGAUAUCGCCAAUACACCUGGACCGAAUGGAGGUGACAGCCAGGUAUAUAAGAACCCUGUUGGAUGUGCAAACAAGAGUCAAACCAGAAACAUGUGUUCCCAUGAGUGUAAUCAGGAGGACGUGAAAGCCAGUUCUCUGUCUUUUGAAAAUGAAGAAGAAGAGCAGCUUGAAGGGGAUACCUACAAUUGUUCAGCCGACCUAUUCAGUAGCUCACUCAUAAUCGAUAUGAGCGCAAACAAGCUCAACACACAUGCAGAAACUGUCAAACUGACGACCAUGGGAGCUCAUUCACUGCUUUCCAAACCAGACAAACCGCACCGGAGGAGUGAAAUGAAUACACAUUCAACGCCACACAAACAGAAACUGAAAAGUAAAAGAUGCGUCAACAGAGACAGUUUAAUUCUAACAGGCACACAAGAUAUUGACUUCAUCCCUCCCUCUCAGUCCACCCCCAUUGUUAAAGUAGCUGUUGUGAAAGGCUCGCCUGCCUUCUCAUACAGAAACUUGACAUCAGCUGAAUUCAGUUCACAACCUGACGGUCAAGAUUCUUGUGCUUUUUACAGAAAUCUGCCUGAAUUGGACAGUAAAAAAACAGCCGAUAGUACCACCUCUUCUCUUUGUAAAUUAAACCGUGUCAGUGCUAACCAGCUGUCCCAGUGUGGCAGAGAGUCUGCAAAAGAAAACGUGGGGUGGAGUACGACAUCCAGGAGACAAAGCCAGAGAUUUACCCCAGAAAGGAGGUUCUGGAAACCAGAUGAGCAUAAAAAGUUGCUGGCUCAGCAGCACCUGAGUGUCCAGAGAGGGGCUCUAAACACAGGAUCGACCGGAAGAGUCAGUGAUUGUGAUGUGACUGUCUGUGAUUAUGAGGACAAUGAAGUAAUGGUUCCUCCGACUCCUGCUGCUGAAACACGACUGAGAGUGAAGCUCAGAAGAAGAAUGCUGACCGGAAACAGCAGCAGUACUUUGGGAUAUUCGCGGGAAGGGCAUCAGGCAGAUGGAGUUAAUUGUAAAAGACCUCUGUUGGAUCAAACUCUCACAUCAUCACAGAGAGGUCCGGCACGAACAGGAAAUUGUGACAGUGAGACGGUUGAUGAGGGGAGUCUGGAUGUAUCCCAUUGUAACCUCGUUGAUGACGAGAACGAGGCAUGUGAUUGGUCUAGAGAUCUAUUCUCUGACUCGAUCUGAGAGGCUCUGUUGCAGAUGGCCUUUACAAAUUGAUCCAAGAAUUCAAGUUUUCUUGUAUGUAUUUCAGCUGGUACUCCAUUCUGUGCUGAAGGAUCUAAGAAUAGAGCACAUAUGUUAAAUACUAAAAAUAGGAGAGAGGCUGUUGACAGGCAUUACAGGAGAAGCCUCUCUUGCCCUGCCUUUAGCUAUAUGCACUUUAUCUUUAAAAUGUAAUAGUUUGUGGGUUCAGGCACACCCAUUGCUAAAAAAAUGCAUCAAAUCAAGCAUACAGCCAUGCAAUUUCCAUUGACAAACAUUUGCUGUAGAAUGGGUGAUACUAAAGAUCUCAGCACCCAACUUCAUUGCCUGACCUUAAAUGAUCUUGUAGCUCAGUGGUUCCCAACCUUGUGGUCUCGACCCCCACUAGGGGUCGCCAAAGCUUCACAGGGGGUCGCGAAGCCUUCUUAAUUUCAAAGGGUGUAAGACAACUAUUAAAUUGUUAUCUUUAAAGUUUGGAUUAUUAUUUAAGGUAUAAACAGGGCCUACCCGUCUGUUAAGAUGAGGACACACUAAUCCGACAUCAGAGAACUAGCAGCGACGAAGGCCGCCUGUUGCGUCGCCUCACGUCGCUUUUCUUUUGGCUGACAAGUUGCACCCAAACACACGUCAAAGACAACAUCCGACGGCCCCUUAGCACAGACGUUCUGCGCCUGCGUGAGAUGAAAUAACUCUCCACACCCGCAGGUACGGUAGUCUGCAUUCGUCAUUCAAAAAGGGAAACCGGAAGAUCGAGGACUGCGGAUAUACAAGCCGUUAUUAUGAAACGUACACGAAAUAAAGCAGCGUAUGCUGACCUUUUUCACACCA